CGCAGGGAUCCUCAACUCUUUGGGUCCGCUGUGAAUGAACUCUUCCAGACACUUCUGAUCAUCUGACUGGAUUCUGUCACUCCGUGAGAAACACGCUUCUAAAUUCAUCUCCGUCCGUCGAUCCAGAGGCGUUUGUUACACACACAGUGGACUUUUGUGUCGGUUUCUACGCCUGAGGAAAGAUAAACGAAAGGACUAUUUUAGCUUUAUUUUAGGUUGAAGUUAGUUUACGUCUUUUGUCAUAUGAAGGAUAUGGGCAGAUGUGGAAAUGUUGCGUUUUGUGCGAUGGUGCUCUUCUACUGUUCUUUCAUUACAGGUGAUUAUCUCUGCGUGUCGUCCGCGGAAGUGUCUUCAUCAGCUCACAGUUCUGUGAAGAGGAGAAACGGCGUGACCGAUGCCAACAUGACCUCGACCCCCGACAGCGUUCAGACGCAGUCCCCUUCUAACAUCACCAACAGCACUGAGGCCACGUCACACACAAUUACAGUAAUGCUGGUGAACUCAUCCGCCCCGGCUGAGAACACCAGUUUCUCUGAGAACAUCACAGACAUUUCAAACAUCUCUGAAGUGUCACCGGUGAAUAACAAGACAGCAGUUUCUAUGGUAAAACCUACCACACACCCGCCAUCAAUGGGCCACGAGCCCACAAGCAGCAUCCACCUCAGUACGCUCCACCCAACAUACACGAGACCCAGCACAAAGAUGACAGCCAGCAGCGGUCCGGUCCGGGCCAAGACCCAAGCAGACACCCCCUCGGCUCUGAACGUCGGAGAUGGCGGCAAUAGCAAAUCGUCCACUGACCCGCUGCUGGCUGGACUGGUGUCGGCGUUCGUCGUCGUCGCCGCUAUCGUGUCGGUCCUCGUAUUCCUCAAGUUCAGAAGAACAAACGAGGGCCCAGAGUUUCGCAGACUUCAGGAUCUCCCCAUGGAUGAUAUGCUGGAGGACGCACCUCUCUCCAUGUACAGCUACUGAACCCCUGGAUGUUCAUCGGACAUCUUCAGAGCAUCCAGCAUCCUCUGAUCAGAAUUAAACAUGCUUCACAGAGGCACAAAUGCUCCUGUCGUUUCCGUUACAGGACUAAAUGUAGCGUCACACUCCACUUUAGUUGUUAAAUUCAGCGUGGCCGUCAGUUCCUGUUCGUCGAGUUGUUUUCUUGCACUUUACGUGGGGUUUGGGAAGGGUAGUGUGCUGCGGGGAUAUUUGGGAACUGUUCAUGGCUGUAUGUGUUCAUUUGUUUCUCUGAUGGUCGUGUUGUUUCUGGAUCUGCUCCAGCUGCGUGUGUGUGUGUUUGUGUUAUAUGGUCUAAUUCUAAUAUUAACCUGCUGUUUUUUUCUGAUCAACAUCAAAAAAGUGCUAUAAAUCUACUCACCCUCUGGCCACUCAACAGAUUUGGAGAGAUGUAUCAUCAGAUCACUUACUCAGCAAUGGAUCUUACCUUACAUGUUACCUGACGGACUGGAGUGGUGUGGAUUAUUGUGCUGGUUUUAUCAGCUGUUUGGACUCUCAUUCUGACGGCACCCAUUCACUGCAGAGCAUCCAUUGCUGAGCAAGUCACUGAAUGCUGACUUUCUCUAAAUCUACUCAGAUGAAGAAACAACCUAUCUGCAUCGUAGAUGGCUAGAGGGUGAAUAAACUUUCAGCAAAUUGUAUUUUUGGGAGAAAUGCUCCAUCCGUGUUCAAUAGAGGUUUUCGAUCAUCACACAAAAUACUUUUAAUCUUUCUCAUUCAGCAGCAUGUUUACAGUAAUGCACUUCUGUGGGGUACCAGAAUAAACAACAAAAUGCAUUUACAGUACAGCCACAUGACUUACAUGGCACUAGUCUAUAAUAGUGAACUCACCUCUUCUGUGUGAAGUUUUCAAACUCCUGUAAAGCGGGUAAACCCUGUAACUUCUGCACUCACACACAGAAUCUUCCCUAGUAAGUGCGUUAUUGUAAACUGAUUCGGAGACAGAAUUAUAACAUGCAUUAAAUCUGGAACAUUGCUUUAAUGCUGUACAACUUAACAGCACCAGUAUUGAUUUCCCAUUGUUCAUUUCACUUCUUUCUCUGUUUAGUUACCAAGGAUGUUUCCACCUGUGAGAUAUACCAUUUUUGUCAGUCAUACAGACAUUCAAUUCACUUCAAGCGAAAAUGUGGGGUUUUUUUUAUUGGUUUUUUUUAAAUCAUUUGGAAAGUCAACAAAUAGACAAAACAAAAGCGCUGAAAAUGCAACUGUCUCUUGGCUCAUGAUGUUGCAAAAUUAAACCGUUUUCAACAUAAAAUCCAUUGGUGUGCACUUUGACAAACAUGGUAAAAAAAAAAAAACACCUUUAGUCAACUAAUAGCCAUAAUUUUAAUGCUUUUCUUGUGCCUGAAAUGUUUUAUAAAACUGAACAAAAUUUAGCCAUAGACUCAAAAUCCUUUUUUUUUUUAUUGAUUGAUUGAACAGUCAAUAAUACAGUAUUUUCAUCCUCGUGGUUUGUUGGCUGAUGGAUGUGUGAUGUUUACUUUGUGUAAUAACUUGUGAGAGUGCAUUUAAAGUGUUUCAUAUUACACAAGUGUUCUUUUUAUAAUUAAUAAAAGUCUUUAAAAUACA